GAGCGGCUAUCGAGGAGAAGAUGGUGGAAUCUGCAGCUGCAACGUGCACGAUACUCCGUCCCAAACAUUUCGAGAAAAGUCUACCAUCUCAGCCUGGCAUUAGAUAUCGGUUACCCGGGGACAAACACAGAUAAUACACCCUAAAGAGAAGCACUCGGUCAGGCGCGGUUUGUUGUCGGGGGCGCACACGGAGAUUAAUGGUGCCACAACGUGGAGCUGAAGUGAAGACCAAGUUUCAAGAUUAACCUGGUUUAGUUUGCUUGCGGUUUGUGUUGGCGCCAUAAAAGGGGCUCCUGCUGGGUUUGCCGGGCAGCUAGCCGUAGCUUCUUCAGGAUCGCCCGACUGACGACAUGCCGCGGAGCAAAAAGGGGAAACGUGGUGGCAGUUCAGGCAAAGGCUCGCUUCGACAAGAAGUGCUUCAGUUGCAGCUGUCAGCCAAGACGGCACUGUCACGUCCAGGAAAAAACGGAGGGAGAGGGGAAUCUGGAGCCAGUGAUGAUGAUCUGGCAUCCGACGUACUCAGUCACUACAGCAGUGCCAGUGAGAGUGCCUCAGUGCUGGACGAGGGAACAGGUGAGGUAGUGGAUGAACAGACUGCUCAGGAGGAAACAGAAGACAAACUAAAGCAAUGUAUUGACAACCUGAUGGACAAGAGUGCUAAGGUGCGUCUGGCGGCACUGGAGAGUUUGCGCUCUGCCUUCUCGUCCAGAGUUCUGUAUGACUUCCUGCUGGAGAGGCGCCUCACCAUCAGCGACUGCCUGGAGCGGAGCUUGAAGAAAGGUGGAGGGGAGGAGCAGGCUGCAGCAGCUACACUGUUUGCUCUCCUCUGUGUACAGCUAGGAGGUGGAGUUGAAGGGGAGGAGGGCUUCAAGAUGCUCCGCCCCAUUCUCAGCUCUAUACUGAUUGACAGCUGUGCUAGCCUGUCAGCUCGCCAACAUUGUGCCCGUGCAUUGGGCAUGUGCUGCUAUGUAUCGGCAUCAGACGAUAUUGAAGACUUGUUAAAGUGCAUGGGGCAUUUAGAGAGUUUGUUUGUGGGUGCAUAUCCACUGGGUGAUGGCAGUUUACCCUCUGUUAAAGCUGGAACUCCUGCACUCCACAGCGCCGCCCUACAGUCCUGGGCUCUGCUCUGCUCCCUGUGCCCAGCAUCCCGCAUUAACAGCAUGGUGAACUAUCAUUUGCCACUGCUGCAGGCCUGUUUAGACAGCAGUGAGGUGAACUUCCGGAUUGCUGUGGGAGAGACCAUCGCUCUGUUGUAUGAACUGCGACGAGACAUUGACCAGGAGUUUGAGUAUGAGGAUUGUGACGCGCUCUGUGAGAGUCUGAAGGGUUUGGCUACAGAUGGCAAUAAAUAUCGGGCCAAAAAUGACCGCCGGAAACAGCGCUCUAUCUUCCGUGAGGUCCUGCAUUACAUUGAGAAUGACGAGUUCUCUGAAGAGAAGAUCCGUUUUGGGGUUGAGGUGAUCUACAUCGAUGGCUGGAUGCGUCGCCGGAUUUAUGAUGCCUUUAAAGAAGUGCUUGAGUCUGGAGUCAGCCACCAUCUACAGUUUAACCCUCUGCUGAGAGAUAUUUUUGGACUCGGAGCUCCUCUCAUUCUGGACUCUUCUGUCAAAGCCAUCAAGAUCUCCCGCACAGAGAGGCAUCUUUUCAAUUCUGCUGCCUUCAAAGCUCGGACAAAACUACGGAAUAAAGUGAGGGACAAACGAGCGGAUGUGAUGUGAUGAAGUUUUGGAAUGAUGACGCUAGAGAAGAUAAAGAGAUGCAGAGAGAGGAACACUACACCCCUCCUAUCAGCUCACUUGAAAUGACAAAACAGCGACUGCCAAACCAGGGACAUGACAAUGCAAAGUGUGUGUGUGUGUGUGUGUGUGUGUGUGUGUGUGUGUGUGUGUGUGUGUGUGCGCGUGCGUGCAGGAUGAGUGAAUGUGUGUAUGAUGUCUCAGUUUUAUUUAACAAUACUGAAUAAAAUAACAGAAAGCCUAAAAUGACAAAUGCAAUAUGCAGAAUUUUCCCAAUUUUAAAAGGAAAAAAAGAUAAAGUACUGUUACUAUGAUGAAGUGCAGCGAUGGUUCUUGGUGGUCUCCAUGAAUUUGCCUUGUGGCCAGCAGGAGUCCUGUAACUUAAGCUGACAAGCAAAACAGGAAAAUGCUGCAUAUUGCUGGUUUAAACAAACAACUUAAUAUUGUACCUUUGUAAUGACCUCGUAUGGCUGUAUUCAGCUUUUCUGUUAAAAUGUGUUUUAAUUUCUAAUUUAUUGAGUUUUGGGAAAACAGAAAAGCCUUUUUAACAUUUUGAAAUUUAUGAGCUGUAUACAAAUCUACAGAGUGGGAAACGGCCAUGGAAACCUUUCUAGUUUUCUAUGUAUGUUUUAUACACAGACUGGCCGUGCAUCUCCAAUCUAAUCCUGAACAUGGGAUAUAGGAUAACGAUCAUAUUAAAGUCUCACUGCCAGCAAAUCAUUUCUUUCUCUCAUCCAGAUGCUGACAUCUGGCUUUGUGUGAUUUGACUGGACCAGCCUGAAUAGUUUUAAAAUCCUUUGUCAAAUUAUGCACAUUUGUCAAACCAGUCGUGUGCUGGAGGAGCGUUUGAUGCUGUUGGUAGCGCAAGGUUUUAAAGGAAUAUUUCAGCUUUCUUCAGUCUUAUUUUAUCUUAUCUUCCACGUCUGUAUCAUAUGGUCAGUUUCUACAGACAUUUGUGGAUGCAUCCCUGAAUAAACACAGAAAUGGACCCUUUGAUACAGAUGCAGCAGAUCAGCACUGGAGUAUUCCUUUAAAACACUUUGGAUCCUGUUCCUCAUCGAGGAACGUUCCUUUCUUUUAUUAGAGGUGAUCUAUUAGCGGUCUGGAUAGGAGAGAGAGCCAUUUGCAUGGUGCAGCUGCUAUCUACCCUUUUUCUCCUUUUUCUGUCAUGGAAAUAUUUGAAAUAAGAACAGAAAACCCAAAUAUGCCUUUUCUCAAAAAUAAAGGGAUAAUUAAAUAGUUUUACAAUUAACCUUUUUACUAUUUUCCUAAGAUAGAUAGAGUGUAGGGAAUUAAAUGCAUAAUUACAUUAAGGCCAAAAUGUUGAAUUGUCCUUCAAGUGUAUGAGACAUAAAUGCUUCUGCACCCAAAGGGUAAACCUAAUGCAAUGAAUUAUGGCUAAUAAAAACGCUGAAAAUGUGA